AUGGUGGAGGUCAGAAUACCCAGCACCACGGUGCUUAACGACUACCAUCUCUACAACAUUGAAAUACAAUUUGGGCCUGGUGUCCAUGUGCACAAGCUGAGCAAGCGUUUCAGCGAUUUUGUCGAGUUCAAGAAGGAAUUGGAGGACUCGUUGCAUGCGACUAUUCCUUAUAGCUUGCCUUCUAAAUUCACCGCAUUGUACCAGAGCCGCGCAACUACUAUAGAGCAGCGGCGAGUUGGGUUGGCAGAGUUUUUAAACGGGUUGCUCAACGAUGAGCAGCUUAGGAGGCAUAAGCUCGUAGGCGAGUUCCUUUAUCUGCCGGAAAACACAUUCAAUCAGGAAAAGGAAGAAGUGAGUUUAUCGCAAAUCGAGUGGCUGGAGGUAUCAAAGGAGGUGAAAGCUCUGCUCCACAGUGUGCGGACGAAGAUUUUCGCAAAACAGGCCAACGUUUUUGAGUGUAAGCGCAUUCUGGACGCCUGUGAGGCUAAAAUCGACCAGCUGAAUAAAAAUGUGCACAAUGAUGAGCUCGGAGCAGGAGAGGUGAGGCGGCGCAAAGCAAUUGUAGACCAACAGCGUCAUGAGUGCAACGAAUUGCGUGCACUGUCGAGGGGCGUGACCGCUGCUGUCGAGAAACCUACCUUUAAAAGAAGUCUCGGGAAAGCCAAGGAAACAGAGGCCACAAAGCCAUUGGACAAUGAACAACUGUACCGGCAACAGCAGCUACUGAUGAUUCGCAGCAAAAGAUGA